UCGGAUAAUUCAGCCAUAGGUUCGACCCGACCCGUAAAAUAUCCCCAGAACAGAAGAAGAAACACCUUAAACCCUAAAAUGUCUGAUCGCAUCGUCUUCUUCAUCAACUCUUUGACUCUUUUUUCAAUGGCGUCUUCUUCUAAAGUCUGCAGAUUAUCAUCGAAGAUACAUUCUUUAACCCAGAAGUUUAGCAAGACGAAUGUCCACGUUUCUUCCAUACCUUCUCCCAUUAAAUCUUCAUCUCCAUCCUCAGCAUCUGCCCGUAUCAAUCAAUCUUUUAGAGUACCAGUGGAGCUAAGUAGCUGUUUAUCGAUGUUUCCACUGCACAGUGCAAUAGCAUCUGCCAGAUUGGUUUCAAGUUUGUCUGUUGAAUCUAAGAGCUGGGGUUUAGUUCCUCAAGGUAUUUCUAUGCCUUUAUGACAGUAUUUAACUUUCGUCAAGUUUGGGGAGGAUAAAGAUAAAGACAUGAAAUGUAAACAAAACUUGUAUCGUUUUUGUCAUCUCAUAUCGAAUUCUAAAGGUCCUGUAUUUACAACAGGUCUCUGACACUCUGUUUUACUUCUUUCAGUUUCCUUCUUUCAAUGGAUCAAUAGCAAUUUAAUGA